AUGGCGUCUGCCUUCACAAUCGCCUCACUUUUGACCCAGGACAAGUUGGGCAUUUCAGUAGAAAAAAUUUCUGAAGAAUUUCCAAGUGAAGAAGAGGAACUGGAAGAAGAGGACGAAUACGGAGAAGAGGAUGAAGAGGAACUGAAGGAAGGCAGAAAGUCGAGACCAGCCGGCUCGAAUGUACGAAAGAGCAGUCACGAGGACCGGUUACCAUUUGCCCUAUUUCCGCGUCACCCGGCAACCCUGACCGGAUACACUGUACCUCGACUUUCGAUAAGUCUGCUCAAAAGAAUGAUUUCAACUGAACUUCCAUCUGGACAGUUGAUUUGCUCGGAUCCACUGCCACAGGAACUUUUGGCUGACCCGGAAGGGGAAGGUGAGGAAUACGCCGAAGCCGCCCACUUGUCAACCUUCGACGAGAACUUUAAGUUGGAAGUCCUUGAGACUCUCCAAGGCUCCGUCAUGCAUGCAGGGACAAUCAGACCUUUAGAGAAGAACAUGGCACCCGAGAGGGAAUUGAGAAAGUCUGUGACAAACCGUCCAUGCAGCCGCGAGGAGAAACUGAAGAAGAACGAGGAGGCUGGGCAAGAUGAAAAGCUAUUCCUGCUUGGCUCGUCACGAGACAACAUAGACCUGGAUGAUGUGAGAGCUGGUUCUGCGACAUCGUGUACACGAGUAAGGUAUGAGUCUCAACCUCAAUCACACCAAAUGCCUGUCUGUCACGACGAGACUGCAGCACCAUCACAGUUUGCGGCAGCAUCUUCGAUGUGGCCAAUUCGGGAGGAUGGGUCCAUUGCCUCCUGGUACCGUUGCGAUGCGACCGCCCUCAAUGAAGCCGAGAUGGUCGAGGCUUUACCCUUUACAAAGCCGCAAUGUGAUUGGCUCGAUUUAUUGCGCAAAGAAAGACUGUUGUGUAAGUUGUGA